GGGAUACAUAUAAGAGAAAGCUUCAACCCGCUUCCUUCUCAAGCGGUCAUCUGAAGACGAGCCGCACCAAAGCUAACUGCUCAGCUUCAUCCCGAUCUUGUCCCAAACUGCAAUGGAGGCUGCCACUGCUGCCUUUCUUCGGUCUAAUCACCAAUGAGGCGUCGGAUGUGAAAGGAAACGAAAGGAAAAGCUUUCAAGUCCUAACCGAGCUCUCUUUUCUUUGGAUGCAGAGGAGGACGGACGACACGGGAUAACACGAUGACUCAGGCGGACGGCGGGUUUGCUGCGAAGGGCGGCAGCAUCGCUCGAGAAUUGAGUGGACAGCUCCAACCUGCUUUGGUUGCAACUUUUCUUUUUCUUAUCUGCCUGGAGCUCGGCCUGUGGGUGAGGAACCUGAGGCUCAAGAGGAGAAUGCCGGGACCUUUCGCCUGGCCCGUGGUGGGCAACGCCAUGCAGCUGGGCCAGAUGCCUCACAUCACCUUCGCCAAACUAGCCGAAAAAUACGGCAACGUGUAUCAGAUAAGGCUGGGUUGCAGCGACGUCGUGGUCCUGAACGGCGACAGGGCCAUCCGCCAAGCUCUGAUUCAGCACAGCAGGGAGUUUGCCGGCAGACCAAACUUUCUGUCUUUUCAGUACGUGUCGGGAGGGAAAAGCAUGACUUUCACCAGUUACAGCCAAGAGUGGAAGAUGCACAGGAAAAUUGUUCAAUCCACCAUCAGAGCCUUCUCAUCUGCCAACAGCCAAACCAAAAAAGCCUUUGAGUGCCAAAUUGCGGCAGAAGCUAAGGAACUGGUUGAAGAGUUCCUGAAACUAGGAGCUCAGGGUCAUUAUUUCAACCCCGCCCAUGAGUUAACAGUCGCCGCCGCCAAUGUGAUUUGUGCCUUGUGCUUCGGAAAACGGUACGGCCACGACGAUGCCGAGUUCCGAGCCUUGUUACAGCGGGUAAACGACUUUGGGCAGAGCGUCGGAGCUGGCAGUUUGGUGGACGUGAUGCCAUGGCUUCAGUCUUUCCCAAACCCUGUCCGCAGUGUUUUCAGGAAGUUCAAAGACCUGAACAAGGAGUUUUUCACGUUUGUUCAGGGCAAGGUAGAAGAGCACAGAAAGACCUUCGAUCCGCAGGUAACCCGUGAUAUGAGCGAUGCAAUCAUCGGGGUCAUUGAGGAGACGAAGAGCGAAAAGGGACUCGCCAAGGACUACGCUGAGGGGACGGUAGCGGAUCUCAUCGGUGCGGGUCUGGAUACCGUUUCCACCGCUCUCGAUUGGAUACUUCUCCUCCUGGUGAAACACCCUGACAUUCAAAUGACGCUCCAGCAGAUGGUGGACAAGGUGGUGGGGCCAAACAGGCUUCCCUCUGUGGAGGACAGAGGUCGCCUGGCCUAUCUGGAUGCCUUCAUCUAUGAAACAAUGCGAUUCAGCAGUUUCGUGCCCGUCACCAUCCCCCACUCUACGACUUCGGAUGUUACUAUAGAGGGUCUUCGCAUUCCAAAAGACACGGUGGUCUUCAUCAAUCAGUGGUCCAUCAAUCACGAUCCCCUCAAGUGGAAGCACCCGCAGAUCUUUGACCCCUCGCGGUUCCUCGACGAAAACGGCUCCCUAGACAAGGACCUCACCAAUAACGUAAUGAUCUUCUCAGCGGGAAAAAGACGCUGCGUCGGUGACCAGAUUGCCAAGGUGGAGAUCUUUUUGUUCUUUGCCAUCCUUCUUCAACAAUGUCACUUUGAGAAAUGCCCAGAUGAAGACCUGUCACUAAAUUGCUCCUACGGUUUAACGCUGAGGCCUUUGGAUUUCAAAAUCACCGCCAAGCCCAGACAUGAGACACUUUAAAAAAAUCAUUUAAAAAAUAUAAGCUCACACAGACUUUUUUUUAACAUAAUUCAAUGUCAGAAAGUCUGUUCCUAUAUUGUUUGCAUCCUUUAAGUACUGCAUUGCUUGGCCACUUUAUUGGGUACACCUGCAUACUAGAAUGAAAUGCAAUUUGGACAGCAAAUACUCUUACGAUUAUCGAGGGUGUAAUUUUGUCAAGAGAUUUCUUAUUUCCCCACGUAGCAAAACGGGUUAACCAAUAUGAGACAUAAGACAAUGUUGAAGGUCUCUGAGUCGUGUUAUCUUUAUAAAGGCAGAUUUUUAUAUAUAUAUAUGCAUUUUUAUACUGUAUUAUGAAAGUGUACCUAAUUUUGUGACCACGGUAAUAGCUAUUAUGUUUCAUUCGAACAUUGUGUAUGCUACAAUUAUGAAAGAGCACUUUAACCUGAGGAAAAGAGCUUCCUAUCCCGUCUAUGAACAGGAAUUUGUCACCAUAACCCUAACAAAUAUGUUCUUUCGAGUGUGACUAAAACCUCACAGGUAAAAUAAACAUCUCCACUCACUUACAAGUGAAAGUGUGGUGCGUCAGUGAGGGCAGCCAGAAUUUAAAAAACCCAAAACCAAAAAAACAAAAAAAGUCCAGCGUGGUCAAAAAGAUAAUAAUAGCAACUUAUGUCUGGUCUCUGUUGUUGUGAAAGAUUAAGAUGUGUUACUGGCUCAUGUCGCUCCUGCUGUGAACCCUUAGCAAGCGAGCCAUGACUCACUACAUCAGCCACUCAUUAAUGUUUAACACAGGUCUUCUAGUGCAUUUCUUUUUUUUUUUUUUGUCUUUUUCAGUUAAGUGAGAGCAGACAAGUCAUUUCCAGGCCUCAUUUAUCAAUACCAGUGAGUUUGAUAUCCUUGGAAAGAAAAAGGUUGAGCCAUUGCCGUAAUUGCUAUAAGAAGGCAGUUUGAACAGUUUGACAAAUGGAGGACAGGCAGUCCAGUCCCAACAAUUUUAAAAACUACUACAUCAACUUCAGGUUGUGUGACAAGUAGCUCGUCCACCGUUGAUUGGCUCCUGUGAGUCAUCGCAGUUUGGUACUAAUGACACUUUAUUGAUCAGAAAUAAAAUUACUUUUGAAGCUGAAA